CUCCUCACCUUCACUUCUCUUUCCGCUCUCUCUCCAUUUCCGGUCCCCUCUCUCUUUCUUUUUCUCCAUAUCGCCAAACCCUAAUACAUCUUUUUUUGUUGUUUCAUUUGUUUUUCUCGAUUUUUGUUUGUGUAAUCUCUUCACUCAAGUGAUUUGCUGUGAGAGGAUUUAUUGGAGAGGUGGUGGUUGCGCUUGUACUUGUUGCUGCCACUCAUGCGAAUGCAGCUCUUCUAGUUCAUUUUGUCGUCGAUUUAUUGUUGAGAGCUCUGGCGUUGUGGUUUCUGUGUCUUUGUCAGCAGGUUGUUGCUUUGAUCUGAUCGGAUCGAGGAACGAAGAGGACGCGGUCUUUUACUGAGACUGUUUGAGAAAGGAGGAGGAAAGAUGCAGGUGCAAGAUCAAAGAAAGAAGAUCCCCAAAGAGGCAGAUUUUUUUACUGACUAUGGAGAUGCCAAUAGAUACCAGAUUCUGGAAAUUAUUGGAAAAGGUAGCUAUGGAGUUGUUUGUGCUGCAAUUGACACACAUACUGGGGGAAAAGUAGCAAUAAAGAAAAUAACAGACAUUUUUGAGCAUAUGUCUGAUGCUAUCCGGAUUUUGCGUGAAAUUAAGUUGCUUCGCCUUUUGCGCCAUCCUGAUAUUGUUGAAAUUAAGCGGAUCAUGCUACCACCUUCUAGGCGGGACUUUAAAGACAUUUACGUGGUUUUCGAGCUUAUGGAGUCGGACCUUCAUCAAGUCAUAAAAGCUAAUGAUGACUUGACACAUGAGCAUCACCGGUUUUUUCUCUAUCAGAUGCUACGGGCACUGAAAUAUAUGCAUACAGCUAAUGUGUAUCAUCGGGAUCUGAAACCAAAGAAUAUAUUGGCAAAUGCCAACUGCAAACUCAAAGUAUGUGAUUUUGGACUAGCUAGAGUGGCAUUCAGUGACACUCCAACAACAAUUUUUUGGACGGAUUAUGUUGCUACAAGAUGGUAUAGGGCUCCUGAGUUGUGUGGCUCUUUCUUCUCCAAGUAUACACCCGCUAUCGAUAUUUGGAGCAUAGGCUGUAUCUUUGCGGAAGUCUUGACGGGGAAGCCAUUGUUUCCCGGAAAAAGUGUUGUGCAUCAACUGGAUCUGAUUACUGAUCUUCUUGGAACACCAUCAGCAGAUACAAUUGCUGGAGUACGUAAUGAGAAGGCAAGGAAGUACUUAACCGAAAUGAGGAGGAAGCGCCCUGUGCCUUUUGCUGAGAAAUUUCCAAAUGCAGAUCCAUUGGCGCUCAAAUUGUUGCAAAGGUUGUUGGCUUUUGAUCCGAAGGAUCGUCCAAGCGCUGAAGAGGCACUAGCUGAUCCUUACUUCAAGGGGUUGGCAAAAAUUGAGAGGGAGCCUUCUUGUCAGCCAAUCUCAAAGUUGGAGUUUGAAUUCGAGCGACGAAGAGUGACAAAGGAAGAUAUCAGGGAAUUAAUAUUUAGGGAAAUAUUGGAGUACCAUCCUCAACUGUUGAAGGACUACAUGGCUGGAACUGGUGGCACAAGUUUUCUGUACCCUAGUGCCAUUGGUCAUUUCAAGAAGCAAUUUGCCUAUCUUGAGGAAAAUGUUGGGAAAAGUGGGCCUGUGAUACCUCCAGAGAGAAAGCAUGUUUCUCUUCCAAGGUCUACCAUAAACUCUUGUACCAUUCCUCCCAAAACACAACCAAAUGUUUCUGCAGUUGAUAACCGGCAAAUUACUGGAGAAACGUCUGCAGGUGUCAUUUCAGGGAAUAUAUCAAAGGUUUCAAGGCCACCACCACGGGUGCCCAAUGGUAUCGAAGCCAAGCCCGGAAGAGUAGUGGGACCAGUUUUACCAUAUGAGAAUGUUAGAUCUCUGAGAGAUUCUCAUGACGGAAGAGCAUAUAUCCAGAAUUCUCUCAUUCCUCAGUCGAUCUCCCCACAUUGUUUCUAUAGGACUAACUCGGGGAAGAAUGAAGAGAAAUUCAGGAUGGAAUCUGGGAUAGAGGCAUCUCAAGUCAAACAACCCCCUAAGCAAUUCAUCCCAGUCAAGUCAAUAAAUGGCAUGAGUAUUGAAAUUGAUUGUAAAGCACAACAUCAGUACACACCUUCUAAAUUGAGCCCUGGAAUGAGUUUCGACAUUAAUAGCAAUCCAUACUACCAGUCACCAGCAAAAGCAGGCAUGUUGAAUAGUCAAAUUGCUAUUGAUGCUAAACUACUUCAAGCCCAAUCUCAGUUUGUUGCAGCUGGGGCUGCUGCUCAUCGAGAGGUAGGUGCCAUUCAGCUCGGACUGACUUAAAAGGGGUUCUGUCACGAGUAGUGAAGUAAUAUCUCGGGUGAAAGAGAGCCGGAUUCCCUAAUGACUUAAUGAGAAAGGGAUGCUGAAGAGCAUAAAGCUUUGCAAGUGAGUGAAGAAGAUCCCCAGGUGAUGAGUGAUGAUAUUCGUGGAAAUGUCAAGUGAUUCCCACCGUCAAUUUGGUUAGUCCUCUCUGUGAUGAGCAGGCUGUUGUUUUAGUUUUAGUUUAGUUUAUUCGCCUUCCGGCUUUAGUUCCCUGUAUAGAAACAAUUGUUUCAUCAUUGAUCUAUAAAUAUAUAUUUUUAUAGAUUCAAUCUCCUCA